AUGGCUGAAGUAGCUAAGGCAGACAAGGUUCUCCUGGAUGAUGGAGCAAGGAGGCUGCCAUUUUCUGCAUUUGCUUUAGGGGUAAAAGAACUGUAUGCUACCUUGAGCUGCACCACAAGGCAAAGCAAACUUGAAAAACGAGCAGCACACAUAAAGCCAGGAUCAGACAAAUUCGCCAACGAGAUUAUCAAGUGCCACUCUAGGACACACAAUUCUCAAUCUUGCCCGGUGGAACGCGCGGUAGCGGCGGCGGAAGGCGGGAUCGGAGAUGCCGUGGCGCCAGGACUUGCACACGAGGGAUGCGCGGACGAGGCACGCCGGCUGUCCUGCCGGGAGGCGGAGGAGGAUCUCGCCGACGAGGUCGUCCACCAGCUCCGGCGCCGCCAUGACGCUGGCCUCGCCGCUUCUAGCGGAAGCACCGUCACUGGACUCGCUGACGGGGACGGCCGUCGGCUCCAUGUCGCCCGGCCUGGGUGGCAGUAG